UACGCUUUGGAGAGACCCCACGUCAGUCUCUCACAUAUUCCCUACUUUCUUUCUUUCUGCUGUAUCAUCUUUCCCUGCAGCUACAUCUUCUCUGUUGACUGCAAUCUACUGUUAUCCAUCCAUCUUUCUUGAGUCUUAGCUUCCACUUCGUUUGCCUGGUGUUCUAACCAUCUUUGAAUUUGCCCCUCUCAUUUCGAAAGGCAAGUUCCCCUCCUCCAUAUUCUUGGACAUAUUUUUUUCUUCUUUCUCUACAUAUAGAUGAACGAUGGCAUGCGUAUUCCUAUCGCAUACGUCACCUCAAGUACCUACUUUCCAAGACGUUUUUUUGGUCGAUAUACAAUUGCGUGGACACGGACUGUGAAUUGUCGGCUCAUCUAUCGCCAAUAUGUCGGCCGCUGUGGGUACGGAAUAUCCCCAUCUAUCCUUUUCCCGCUCCUCCUCUUGCAGGACCCCUCUACACUUAAUCCCAUUCCUCCCCAGAUAUGCUUGUUGCAGCAAUUCUACCUAUCAAUACAAAGGAAGUACUGGACUCAAAUAAAUAUUUUGUGGGGAACAACAGAUACUAGCUAUAGUUUGGUCCAUGGGAGGCCCAUCAGACCUCUUCCGAAACGCCGACUUCGUUCCCGAUUGUCCGACGAUGCCAAUGCCGCUUUGUUUGGCCCCCCUCAACAGCCCACCACCCCACUAUUCUACUUUCCCUAUAACAAUUACGCUGGUGAUCAAGCCAUUGGUGGAGCUAGUGUUUCUGCCGGAUUUGGUUUGGGACAGCAUAGUGCAGGGGAUAAUCUUCUGGAUUCCUCAGAUGAGGAGGACAACUCUAAUGCAUCUGUGUCGCGUGGGGUCGGUAGCGGGGUUUCGGGAGCUUCGGAGAACACGCCGGGUCAGCCAGAUUCUUAUGAAUGGUCAGAAAACACCAACAACAAAAAGAAAAGGAAGAUACCGACGCCGGCGAAUCCUGGAGGCAGUAGUGGGGGUAACGGAGGAGGAGGUGGUGGUUCCCAUUCAUCACCGGGGUUUUCACCCGCGUCCACGCCAACUCCUCGAAAUCGUUGGAAGCCUAGUGGGUCAUCUCAGCGCUCUCCAUUGUCUACCAUAUCUACCGGAAGCCAGGGCUCUUUGAGAAGGGCUGGUAGACGUUAUCCAUCUUCUCCUUCGGUAGAGACCUUUACUCAGAGGCUUCCGGAUAGACGACCCUCCAGUGUUGAUCCUGUCACACCCUUGAAAGGCAGUCGUCGUAAUGCUGGAGCAGCGGCAGGUGUAGGACCGCCAAAACAAACUCAAUUUACUUUUGUCUGCGAGUCACCAGUGUCAGCAAGCCUAGCAUUUUCCUCUACAGGUAAUAAGUCCACGAAUGCAAAUACACCGGGUGACAGUUCUGGGUACCCAAAGUCCAUGCAUACUGUGGGCACUCAGACCUCCCCAAGCAUAUCAGAUACGAAUGCAAAUUAUCCUCCCGCCCCACAACAAGUUAAAAAAAAGUCCGGGAAAACUAGGCCCGCUGCUACUUCGAGACAGGAUUAUGCCCUAUUGAGACGCCGCCGUCAGGAGGCUUUGGGCGGGGGAAAUAGUAAUGGCGAAAUUUGGAUUUGCGAAUUUUGCGAAUAUGAAUCUAUAUUCGGCGAGGCUCCAGAGGCCCUUAUGCGGCAGUAUGAAAUCAAGGACCGCAAGGAACGACGAAAGCUAGCUGAGAAAAGGCGCUUGCUGGAGAAAGCAAAACAAAAGGGAAAGAAAAAUUCUGGCAAAAAUGGAUCUGGCAAGAAAAGUGGUUAUAGUAACGGUGUGCAUCACGGUAUCAAUUCUGGGACUGCACCCCCACCACCCCCUCCUAGCGCCACCGAUUCUCAAGGUACCCAAAGCGACAAUACCCCACUUGCUAGUGUGGCCCAUACACCGGCUUUGAAGCCCCAGAGACAUAGUCAGCAGGUACAGACUGAGGCUUACCUGGAAGACACCAGUAGUCAUGUCAGUGGAGGAAGGGGAGCAAAUGGGGCCGGCGGAGGAGGCGCAGGUGCAAGAAGCAGCGGCGGCGGAGGAGCCAGUCUCGGCCUCUCAUAG